UCGUAUUUAAUAAUUAUUUAACAACCUUGAAAAUGUGUGUUAUUGAAAUACGAAUGAAAGUCAUCUAAUCGUGUAUUUUAGUUCUGUCAGUAAUCUCGCCGCAAACAGAUCACAUCUUAUUAGAAUGCCGCUGCUAAAAAUAGACGACGAUGAUGCUGCCAAUUCAGAGGUUUGUUUGGCCCUUUACCGGAAGUCUCUCAAAUCCAAAGAAAUGGACCACGGAGGGACCCACUUCGAUGGGCACCACCCCCACGUCUUUAUAACCCUCGGAGCUUCGGGAGACUUAGCCCGGAAGAAAAUCUACCCCACGUUGUGGUGGCUGUACCGGGACAACCUCCUGCCGGUCAAUACAGUAUUCUUCGGCUACGCCCGAAGCAAGACGUCAGUCCAGGAAAUCAAGGAAAAAUGCAAGCCAUACAUGAAGGUGAGGCACGGAGAGGAAGAGCGCUUUGAGGACUUCUGGAAGUUGCACUAUUACGUCGCUGGGUCGUACGACUCCAGGACCGACUUCGAGCGCCUCAACCAGGAGCUGUGCCCCUUUGAGAAAGGGCCGGCCGCCAACAGGGUCUUCUACUUGGCGCUGCCGCCGUCGGUGUUUGAGACCGUAACCGUUCAUAUCCGAAAUUCGUGCAUGGCCCCAAAAGGCUGGACAAGGAUCAUUAUUGAGAAACCGUUCGGUCGCGAUUUCGACUCCUCGCAAAAACUGUCGAACCACUUGGGCUCUCUCUUCACCGAGCAGCAAAUCUACCGGAUAGACCACUAUCUGGGCAAGGAAAUGGUGCAAAACCUCAUGACCCUGAGGUUCGGCAAUCGCAUUUUCAACCCGACCUGGAACCGCGACAACAUCGCCUCGAUCCAGAUCAGUUUCAAGGAACCCUUUGGCACGCAAGGCCGCGGGGGGUAUUUCGACGAGUUCGGUAUUAUCCGGGACAUCAUGCAAAACCACCUCCUCCAAAUACUGACGCUUGCCGCGAUGGAGAAACCGGCGUCAGUCCACCCUGACGAUAUAAGAAACGAGAAAGUGAAAGUCUUGCGCUGCAUCAAAGUGAUUGAGAAAAAGGACGUGGUUCUGGGCCAGUACGUCGGGGACCCCAACGGGGAGGGCGAAGCCAAACUGGGCUAUCUGGACGACCCGACCGUCCCCAACGAUUCAGUGACCCCCACCUACGCCUUGGCCGCGCUCCAUAUCAACAACGAGCGCUGGGACGGGGUCCCCUUCAUUCUUAAAUGUGGCAAAGCUUUGAAUGAACGGAAGGCCGAAGUCCGCAUCCAAUUCAAGGACGUUCCUGGGGACAUCUUCGACGGAAAGCCGAAACGUAACGAACUGGUCAUCAGGGUGCAGCCUGGCGAAGCCUUGUAUGUGAAAUUGAUGGUGAAAACGCCGGGCAUGGCCUUCGAUAUGGAGGAGACGGAACUCGAUCUGACUUACGGACACAGAUACGCGAAUGUUAAAUUGCCCGACGCUUACGAACGGUUGAUUUUGGACGUAUUCUGCGGCUCGCAAAUGCAUUUCGUCCGCUCGGACGAGCUAAGCGAGGCUUGGAGGAUCUUCACUCCACUUUUGCACCAAAUUGAAAGCGAGAGAGUUAAACCAAUCCCCUACGUGUAUGGGAGCCGUGGGCCUAAGGAGGCCGACGAAAUGUUGCUAAACAACAACUUCACUUACACAGGCUCGUACAAAUGGCCCGCCCCCAAAAUGUGAUCCAUGACGCGACACCAUUUCAGUUUACAUUCCAGGAAAUGUAUAAUGGUUGAGGAGUAUAUUUUUGUAUUUUAAUUUAAACUGUAACUUAUAUGGCAAUAAAAGUGGUAAUCGUAUUGAA